AUGCACUUGAGGUAUCUUGAUCUUUCCCAUGGUCGGUUUAAAGCAUUACCUCCCUCCAUUUCCAAACUCUUCCAUUUGCAAACUUUGAAGCGCUUACUUUGUACACAUCUUCAAACAUUACCCAGAGGAUUGAGAAAACUGAUCAACUUGAGGCAUCUAGAAAUUGAAACAAGGCUCAAUAUUCCAAGAGGUUCAAUAGGGCAACUGCAUAACCUUCGGACCUUUACUUCAUUUAAAGUGGGCGGCUACAAUAACAUUAUUGAUGAUGAUGAUGAUGAUGAUGAUGAUGAAGGUGCUGCUGGUAUUGAAGAGCUAGGAUGUCUACAACAACUUGGAGGAAGUUUGAGUUUAAUUGGUCGCGGCGAUGUGAGAAAUGGAGCAGAUGCUAAAGCAGCAAAUUUGAAGGAGAAAGCAAAACUCCAGGAGUUGACAUUAGAUUGGGAAUCGGAUUGGCAUGUUUAUACCAAUGAGGAUGAUAGCAGCAAAGAAGACGAUGUCGUCUUGGAGGAACUCCAACCUCAUCAAAAUCUGUUACUUCUGAGGAUACUACGUUUCAGUGGCACCAAGCUCCCUACAUGGUUGCAUCAUCAUCAUCAUCUCUCAAAUUUACAGGAACUCUGUAAUUACUCAUGUCACCAAGUAAAGUCUUUGGAUCUGACGGGCUCGAGUUCUCUUUGGAAACUGACGAUUUCAUAUUGCGAAAAUCUGGAGUAUGCAGGAGUCGAGGGUCUCAUGCAGUUGGAGCUUUUGGAAUUCAAGGGAUGUGACAAGCUGAAAUCCCUGCAUGGAGUUGGAGCGAAGAAGAAGAAGGGUGUUGUUGUAAAUGAUCAAGAAGAGCAUCAUCAUCAUCAUCAUCAUCAAGUGGCGGGUUGUUCUUCACGAGAAACUCCAGCUGCAAUCACUGAUGAUACUGGAGAGAAGCUUGUUAAACUUGUGAAGCUGCAGAUCCAAAGUUACGAUAGUCUUACAACUUUACCAAAGAAGGAGAUGUUGCUCCUGCAAUCACUGAGGACACUGCAUAUAGAAAGUUGUGCAAAUCCAAUGGUUUUAACCAAGGGCGGCUUAGAAAAACUUUCGUUGCUUCAGCACUUGCAGAUAGAAAAUUGUCCAAAUCUAAAGAAAUUGCCAGAGGGUGUAGGACAGCUCUCAUCUCUUCAAUACUUUGCAAUUAGAGAAUGCCCUAAGCUCAUGUUUUUAUCAGAAGAGUUGCAACACUGGAGAUCGCUGCGAACAAUGAGUAUAUUUGCUUGUGCAAAUCUAAGGGCUCUGCCAAGGGGAAUUGUGGAACUUACAUCACUUCAAGAAUUGGAGAUCAAUAGAUGUGAUUUCUUGCCCUCUUUACCAGACGAGAUGCAAAAAUUGAUGUCAUUACAAAUGCUAAAGAUUGAGCGCUGUUCACAUUUGGUGGCUCUACCUGCCGGCCUGGGCAACCUCUCAUCGCUUGAAGUAUUGGAAAUUUCAAGUUGCAAUGGCUUGAUGUCUUUGCCAGCUGGAGGGAUGCAGCAGCAGCAGCAGCACUACUUAAGAAAACUAGACAGACUGAAGAUAAAAGGUUGUGAUAAUCUGGAAAUUUUACCAGAGGAUUGCCUGGGGAAACUCUCAACCCUUCGUGUGUUGGCUAUAAUUGGUUGUCCUAAUCUACAAGUUCUACCAGAGAGCUUGGGAAACCUCCAAAACUUCCAUCUGUUGGAAAUAACUGAUUGUCCCAAUCUAAAAGCUCUACCAAGGGGCUUGGGUAAACUCUCAUCACUUCGAUCUCUCUACAUCCAGAGAUGUCUUAAUUUGACUUCGUUGUUCUCCGACACUCUGCUGCACAUGACAUCUUUACGGGUACUUUGGCUGAUUGAGUGUCAUAAACUAAAAGAUUUGUCCAGCGGGUUGAGAUCUCUCUCAGCACUUGAGAAGUUGACCAUCUGGGGAUGUCACAGCAUCAUCGAGCUUCUGCCACAGGGGUUUAAUAUUCAAGACCUAAUGAAAUCAUUACGAGAGCUGACCAUUUCACAUUGUUCGAAGAUGGAAACCCUGCCGGACGGAUUGAAGUACUUGCCGUCACUUAAAGAGCUGGUUAUUUGGACAUGCCCCAAAUUGAAGUCUUCAAAGAUGGUGAUACAAGGGCUGAAACAAAUAAAAGAGGGGAGAAUGGAGUCAUGGUUGUUGAAGUUACGAAAACUGAACAUAAAAGAUUGUCCUUACCUGGAGACCAUAGAUGGAUGA